GCGGGCUGCGGCCGGCGAGGGAGGGAGGGGGCUAUGGCUCGGCCUGACCCGUGCGCGCCGCCCUCGCUGCUGCUGCUGCUCCUGGCGCAGCUGUUGGGCCGCGCGGCGGCCGCGUCCAAGGCCCCGGUGUGCCAGGAGAUCACGGUGCCCAUGUGCCGCGGCAUCGGCUACAACCUGACGCACAUGCCCAACCAGUUCAACCACGACACGCAGGACGAGGCGGGCCUGGAGGUGCACCAGUUCUGGCCGCUGGUGGAGAUCCACUGCUCGCCCGACCUGCGCUUCUUCCUCUGCUCCAUGUACACGCCCAUCUGCCUGCCCGACUACCACAAGCCGCUGCCGCCCUGCCGCUCGGUGUGCGAGCGCGCCAAGGCCGGCUGCUCGCCGCUCAUGCGGCAGUACGGCUUCGCCUGGCCCGAGCGCAUGAGCUGCGACCGGCUGCCGGUGCUGGGCCGCGACGCCGAGGUCCUGUGCAUGGAUUACAACCGCAGCGAGGCCACCACGGCGCCCCCCAGGCCCUUCCCGGCCAAACCCACCCUCCCGGGCCCCGCGGGGGGGCCGGCCUCGGGGGCCGAGUGCGCCGCCGGGGCCCCGUCGGUGUGCAAGUGCCGCGAGCCCUUCGUGCCCAUCCUGAAGGAGUCGCACCCGCUCUACAACAAGGUGCGCACGGGCCAGGUGCCCAACUGCGCGGUGCCCUGCUACCAGCCCUCCUUCAGCCCCGACGAGCGCACGUUCGCCACCUUCUGGAUCGGCCUGUGGUCCGUGCUGUGCUUCAUCUCCACCUCCACCACGGUGGCCACCUUCCUGAUCGACAUGGAGCGCUUCCGCUACCCCGAGCGCCCCAUCAUCUUCCUGUCCGCCUGCUACCUGUGCGUGUCGCUGGGCUUCCUGGUGCGCCUGGUGGUGGGCCACGCCAGCGUCGCCUGCAGCCGCGAGCACAGCCACAUCCACUACGAGACCACGGGCCCCGCGCUGUGCACCGUCGUCUUCCUGCUGGUCUACUUCUUCGGCAUGGCCAGCUCCAUCUGGUGGGUCAUCCUGUCGCUCACCUGGUUCCUGGCAGCCGGCAUGAAGUGGGGCAACGAGGCCAUCGCGGGCUAUGCGCAGUACUUCCACCUGGCCGCGUGGCUCAUCCCCAGCGUCAAGUCCAUCACGGCGCUGGCCCUGAGCUCCGUGGACGGGGACCCGGUGGCCGGCAUCUGCUACGUGGGCAACCAGAACCUGAACUCGCUGCGCGGCUUCGUGCUGGGCCCGCUGGUGCUCUACCUGCUGGUGGGCACCCUCUUCCUCCUGGCGGGCUUCGUGUCCCUGUUCCGCAUCCGCAGCGUCAUCAAGCAGGGCGGCACCAAGACGGACAAGCUGGAGAAGCUCAUGAUCCGCAUCGGGAUCUUCACGCUGCUCUACACGGUGCCGGCCAGCAUCGUGGUGGCCUGCUACCUGUACGAGCAGCACUACCGCGAGAGCUGGGAGGCGGCGCUCACCUGCGCGUGCCCGGGCCCCGACGCCGGCCAGCCGCGCGCCAAGCCCGAGUACUGGGUGCUCAUGCUCAAGUACUUCAUGUGCCUCGUGGUGGGCAUCACGUCGGGCGUCUGGAUUUGGUCCGGCAAGACGGUGGAGUCGUGGCGGCGCUUCACCAGCCGCUGCUGCUGCCGCGCGCGGCGGGGCCACAAGAGCGGCGGCGCCACGGCCGCGGGGGACUACGAGGCGAGCGCCGCGCUCACGGGCAGGACCGGGCCGCCGGGCGCCCCCCCGGCCGCCGCCGCCUACCACAAGCAGGUGUCCCUGUCGCACGUGUAG